UAUGACCAUAACAAACGUGUGAUUGUAUUUUGAGGUGAAGUGGUUUAUAGAGAGCUUUAUUCUGAAAUUAAACAACCGGAAGUUAUAUUUUCCUAGCCGGUAGACAUGCAUAACAAACUUUUUAUUAUACAUCCAUGAUAACAACGUGUUGGACUUUAUCCAUACAUCUAUUAUUGGUAAAGUCUUACCACUUUGCAACACUUAUCUGGUAAGGUAGACUUGUGUCGAAAAGUCCCGUCUUCUGGCUUUAACACCACUUGAAGAGGCAACGGUUACUUUUGAUCCAGCAUCUCUUCCGCUUCUGUUAUUCUGAAGCUGCGAGUUCACUUCAGGUGACAAACAUACACUGUAGACGUAAACCUGUGGGGUGGUCGGGAGCAGCGGUGCUGCCCAAAUUCACAUACAUUGUUUUUAUCAUGGCUUACAACAAAGAGCCUGAAUCUGAGCCUCGAAUCUACGGUUAUACCAGAACAGCUACCACAGUGCUCACACACUUUAUGUGCAUCUCCUUCACUGUGUUCAUUGCAGUUCUGUCUCGACCGGGUACAAGUUUGUUUUCUUGGCAUCCCUUCUUCAUGACACUGGCUUUUUCCUUCUUCAUGACAGAAGCCAUACUCCUGUUCUCCCCCCACGGCUCCCUCGCCCAAAAGUUUCCACACAAGACAAAAGGUCGUGCUCACUGGAUCCUGCAGUGCCUCUGUGUUACCUGUGCAGUCCUGGGUCUGGCAGCCAUCGUUUACAACAAACACCUGAAUGGUAAACCCCACUUCACCUCGUGGCAUGGUCUGCUGGGCCUGCUCACAGUGUGUGUGGUGGGGCUGCAGUCUGUGGCAGCACUGCCUCUCAUCUACCACUCUCUGGCCAAAGGCUGGUCCCUGGCCAAACUCAAACGCUACCAUGCAGCAUCCGGGCUCGUCACGUACCUGCUGGGCAGUGGCAGCCUUCUCCUGGGCCUCAGCUCUGCAUGGUUCACUGCGUCUGUCGGGGAAUACACCUGGUACCUGUCAGCACUCUGCACUGCUCUCAAUGCCCUCGUCAUAAUGAACCAAGUCAGCAGGGCAUACACGGCAAAAAAACGGUUACAGUCCUGAAAGAAGACACAGAAUUGACAAUUUAAUAUAACACUCACUGAAUACUAAAGCAAGGUUGGCCUCAACGAUUUCAUUUUUCAGGCACAUCGAAUCAGCUUGAUUUGCAUGAAAGUCAAAAAGGAACUAAUGUCUGCAGCUACGUGCCUGUUUGUUAUAUCAUGAAGCACCAGUGCCAAAUGUUGAUGCAAUCAUUUUGUUUUUUUACGUGCUAUACACAGGUCCAUUGAGGUCAUUUCAUCUGCAUUUCUUUUGUUGGGAUUUGGGUCAUCUUUAAUUGUUUGAGUUUUCAUAUGAAAUGGUACACAUGUUGAGCUUCAGUUUGACUGAAUACUUCCAAAAUGAUUGAUAUUCCAAUCAGCCUCAGCUCUACAUUAUUAACAGGUAAAAUAACUGAUAUUAGAAUGCUAACAUGCUUAAUUAAACUGGUUAACAUCACAAACUGUACACCUGUUAAGAAUCAGUGUGCGAGCAUGCUUGCGUUCGAAUUUUGCAAAGAAUCGCUGUGCAGCAGAACUUCUGGCAUCGCUCAAAUUGCAUGAACAGUAUUUAUGCAAUCGUGAAAACGGCCUUGAGUUAUUGUUGACAACUCGUGUUGCUCAUCCUGCCUUCUGACUUUUUUUGCUGCCAUUGACUAUUUAUUUAGCCACAUUUUGAAUUAAAACGAUAUAUCAUACUGAAUAUAUGUUGUACAUUUAAAAGCAUUUUCAAAUGAUUCACAAUGCAAUAGAAGAGUGUUUUUAUUGUUAAAAUAACAUUGAUAACACAGUCAUAUUCUGCUCGCUCUAGGCUGCAUUUAUGAAAUUCUUACUGGAUCAGUCAUCAAUGGGUCAAGGUGAACACAAAGUUAAAAAACAUGAUUACAAAAAAGAAUGUAUUUUCCAUCAUAAAUAAAUAACUUUCAGACGUUGAAAAAA